GGCGCAUGCGGGCGUGCAGGGGCUGCGCAGCCUGGCGAGCCGCACCCCCUGCCUCAUCACCUUCCGCAAUGAGCACGACAGGCUGGUCAAGGUCUACUGGGUCAACUACGCCGGGGACCAGGAAUUUUUCGCGGCCAUCCCCGCGGGGGGCUGGUGGAGUGUGUACACGUUCGAGUCGCACCCCUGGCGGGUGGUGGACGGCGAGUCGGGGCAGCUGCUGCGCGAGGUGGUGGCCGCCCAGGGCGCCAGCCUGGUGCGGAUCGACCCUCUGGGCGAUGCCGUCAGGGCGCAGCCCGUCGCCGGGCCGGGCAUGCCACCCGCGUUUGAUGGGUGGGACGGGAUCGGCGGCGCAGAGGGCGAGUACGUGGCGGCCACGAUUGCGGAGAUUGGGCUGGACCACCUGGGGGGCGUGGCGCUGCUGGCUGCCAAGGGCUACGACAUGCCGGUGCCGAUCGCUGUGGGCAUCAACGACGCAGCCCAGCUCUUCCACGCCGCGGGCCCCGAGUUCCGCCGCCCCUCCACCAUGUCUCUGUGGGUGAGGAGCCUGCAGGCUGCGGGCGCCACCGUGGACCGAGUGCUCAUCACUCGCCUGGUGGGCACCACUGUAUAUGCCCGCAUCAUUCUGUCGGUGCCUGGCGGCGAGCUGCGCUCCCUGGAUGCCCGCCCCUCGGACAGCCUGGCUCUGGCCAUGCAGACCAACGCCCCGCUGUUCAUCGGCCGCCGCCUGGCCGCCUCGCUGCAGCCCGGGGCGCUGGAGCUGGAGCUGGGGGACUGGAGCGAGCAGCGCCCGCCCACCCCGAGCACCCGGGACUCGCCGCCGGUGCCGGCGCAGGCGUCGUACGCGCACACGCGCAAGGCGUGAGGCCCACAGGCGCCCAGGCGUGCACACGCCAUGUACCGUGAUGCACCCCUGCAGGGCGCGAGCGCGCCUCUGCCGUAUGUUCACCCCUCCCCUCUUCUGUCUCUGUACACCAGGCUUAGGUUCUGCCAUCUGUGUGUUACUGUUGCGGCACUGUUUCAUUUGGCGGGGCGGGCACCUUGUCCUCCUGUUUCAACCACACCCACCGCCGCCGCCCUCUGUGUACCAUAUUGGCUGCCCACCGCAGCAGCCCCAUGUGCGUUGCCGCCGUUGGCCACCUCAGUCUAUUGUUCCUGCCUAGCAGUUGACAAUUCAUCCCUGAAGUAUGAUCAGAUCACGAAUGGAAUGACUGCCUUUCACAACUUGCUUCUCUCCUUCUUCUCUCUGUGUACAAGUUUGCCGCUGCAGUUAUUGCAGGCCAAGCCAGCCAGCAAGCAAGAUGGCGUCUGUCCCCCAUCGUGCCUGUGUGCCCUCAUGCAACACCUCACAUGUA